AUGGCAAAUUUACAAGACGACAUUGCAGGGUCGGUGGUACCGGCUCGGGCUCGGACGAGCGAGAUCUCCAAAGCGUCCCCAUACGCAAAUGACCAGGGGACGGUCAAGGUGAUGCAAGAGCCUCUCUCCCAAGAAGCAUCUGAUGUUGGCAGGGACGCUUCAAGCAAGCAAGAGCUCAAGAGGACCUUGAGCGCGAGGCACCUGGUGCUGAUCUCGCUUGGCGGAGUUGUGAGUGGACAAAAUGAGGAAUGGAGGAGAAGCUGGUAGGCAAGCGGGCUGGGUGUCUGUAGAAGGGGGAGAGGGGGAAGGGGCGAAGAGAGAAGAGUAGUGCAGUAGACGGAGAUACGAUGCUGACUCUGCUGAGCUGUGACCUGCCUCUACAGAUCGGCCCGGGCCUCCUCGUGGGAUCAGGAACCGCUUUGUCAGAGGCUGGGCCAGUCGGCGCCAUCCUGGCUUACCUGGUGGUGGGGAGCGUGACAUGGGCGACGAUGAUGUCUGUCGGCGAGCUGGCCACAGCGCUUCCAGCUUCUCAAUCUCAUCUUGUCGACUUUGCCAGUCGAUUUUUGGAUCCGGCUGCCGGCUUCGUUCUUGGCUUUCUGUACUGGACUCUUUGGUGCUUGGUCUUGGUACGUCUUGUUCGCUCGCUGCUGCUUGUCGACAUAGCUUCAUUGUCCGAGCACUGACCAGCUCUGCCUCACAGGCAAACGAACUUGUGGCAGUCGGAAUUCUGUUCGCCUUCUGGGAGGGCGCGAGGGUAGUGCCUCAAGGCGCAUGGAUAGCCAUCUUCCUGGUGUUUGUGAGCAAUCCAUGCGGCUGCAUGCCGGAGACCAACGGUACUUGGUCCAUCUGACUCCCUUGAUCAUCCUUGAAGUUCCUUUGCAUAUCCCUCCUUGGAGUGGCGACGUGGGGCGAGCUCGAAUUCUGGCUCGCCAGUAUCAAAAGUGGGUAGACCGACGGAGAGCGCACUCUCACCAAGAUGCGCCAUAUCCCUCGACAGGUCGCUUACCUUGGUACGCAUCUCGCAGUCCUCUUUCUGAUAGUCUUUUUCAUCAUCUCGAUCGUCAUCAACACCGGCGGUACUGGUCAGGGCUAUAUCGGCUUCCGCUACUUUCGCAACCCAGGGUCAUUCACCGACUUUCCUGGGUUCGUAAGCGUCUUGACUCUCGUCGCUACCCAGUUCGCUGGCACGGAGAUCACGGCCACCUGUGCUGCUGAAGCGCGCAGGCCCGAGCGUGCUGUACCUCGAGCAGUGACGAGCGUUAUGUGGCGCAUUCUCGUGUUCUACGUUGGCACUGCCUUCUUCAUCGGACUCAAUGUGCCCAGCAACGACGACCGGCUAGCGAACGCUUCGAGCAAGGCUGCAGCAUCACCGCUCACUAUUGCGAUGCAGAGAGGUGGGAUCGAGGCAGCAGCUUCGGCCAUCAACGCCAUCAUCAUUGUUUCCAUCGUCAGCGCGGGCAACUCGUCGCUGUACGUUGCGUCCCGCACCCUAGCUGCUAUGGCCAGAGAGAGGCUACUGCCAGCUUUCCUGGGCUGGACGACGAAGAAGACGCAGGUCCCGGUACCUGCUCUGCUUGUCAGUGCUGCACUGUCCCUCAUCAGUUUGCUCAGCGUGAGCUCAGGGUCCAGCACAACCUUCACAAGGAUCUAUUCGAUUUCGGGCAUCUCCAUCUUGCUCGUCUGGGCUUUAAUCGCUGCUUCGCACAUUCGUAUGCGCAGUGCGAUGAAAGCUCAGGGGCGCAACGUCUCAGAAUUGCGCUUCAAAGCACCCCUUUGGCCGGUUGGAGCGUGGUACGCGCUCAUCAUGAACAGCUUCCUGGCGUUGAUUCAAGGCUAUGGCGCUUUUGCACCGAGUUUCGACAUCAUCAAUUUUGUCGUGUUUUACAUCAUGCUACCUGUCAGCAUCGUCCUUUACACUGGCUUCAAGAUCGUCUUCCAGACAAGGAUCCCCAGAACCUCGGAAAUUGACCUGGACACCGGCUCGCAACUGACGCACAAUUUGGAUGGCGACUCGGAGGAUCACGCAACGGGUCUCGUCAGACAAGCUGACGACUCCGAUUCCGAGUCCCGCCCACCAGUAGACGCGAGGACCGAUGGAAAGUCGCGUUCAAACAUCUCACUACCACGGGAUAGCGAUCGCGCAUCCUCGCCACUCAGACGAUUUGUUAGGAGCAUCAGUAAAGUAUUGGCUUGA